AUGGCUCCUCCCGAAACUCCUAAAUCAAACACUCCUCAAUCAAAUAAAGAUGAGCCCUCCUCAUCACCCUACUACCUUCAUGCCUCAGAUCAUCCUCAUCACGUCCUUUCACCAAUUCUGUUGAAUGGUGAGAAUUAUGAGCGAUGGGCAAAACUUGGUCGUAAUAAUCUUCGAGCAAAACAAAAACUAGGUUUCAUUGACGGCACUAUUACUCGUCCCUCUUCAGACUCAUCAGAUCAUGACAGAUGGGUUACCGUCAACUCCAUGUUAAUUGGGUGGUUAUACGCUAGUAUAGAACCCAAAAUUCAUCAUGCUGUUUCAGUUGUCGAUGACGCUCGUGUUAUGUGGGAAAGCCUGCGUACUAGAUUCUCUGCAGGAAACGCUCCAAGAGUGCAUCAGUUAAAAGCUGAUUUGGUGGCUUGUCGUCAAGAUGGACAAGCAAUUGCAUCUUACUUUGGAAGACUCAAAGUCAUGUGGGAUGACCUCGAUGACUAUGAGCCUGCUCUUGGGUGCUACUGCAAACGUCAUCUAACUGUCUCUCGCACUAAGGAGGAGCGAAUUGAUGCUGUGAACUUUGCCGUUCAAUCUGGUGUAAACGCCAUCGCAUCAGUCACUCGAACUCGGAAUAAUCUCCUAUGCACUCAUUGUGGGCGCACCAAUCACACCGUCGAUACAUGCUUUGAGAAACACGGCUACCCUGAAUGGUUCACUGAAUCAAACACUGAAGGAAGAGGUCGUGGUCGAGGCAGAGGACGUGGAAGGGGUCGUUCUGCUCCACCACCACCACGAGCUAAUAAUGCCCAACUAACCCCUGGUGCUGCUGACGUUCAAGGCAUCCCUGGAGUUAGCAAAGAGACUUGGGAGGCCAUUGUUGGUCUACUCAAGACAAAUAAGUCAGGCCCUUCUUCUUCCGAGAAACUCUCUGGUAAUGUUGAUUUCUUACUUGACUCUGGAGCUUCACAUCAUAUGACGGGUGAUGUCGAACUUCUUACCGAUCUACACGAAAUUCCUCGUAGUAUUAUUGUGUUACCUAACAAUAAACAUUCAUUUGCUACGAAGGAAGGUUCCCUCCAUCUUGGAGGCAGUAACACUCUUCAUCACGUGCUCUAUGUGCCUGAUUUAUCAUGCACACUUAUCUCUCUAGCUCGUUUGCUCCGUGAGCUCUCAUGUUAUGCUAUGUUCACUGACAAGUUUUGCGUUAUACAGGACCGUUCUUCGAAGAUGCCGAUUGGAGCAGGUGAAGAAGAGAACGGGGUUUAUCAUUUUCGUGGAGUUGUUCCGGCUAGACUAAACAAGACUAUGACAGUGGCUGAGACAGUUCUAUGGCAUCGGCGUUUGGGACACCCUAGCAAGAAAGUUUUGUCUACAUUUCUAUCUAGUCUAAAGGAUUUUACUACUACAGAUUUUCAGUUUAAGGAGCUUUGUGAUAUUUGCAUUCAAGCAAAACAAACUCGUGAUUCUUUUUCAGAAAGUUUUAAUAAAGCAGUCGAUUGUUUCUCUCUUAUACAUUGUGAUGUUUGGGGACCAUAUCGCACUCCAUCUACUUCUGGUGCUCAUUACUUCCUUACCAUAGUUGAUGAUCACUCUCGUGCUGUUUGGCUCCAUUUACUACUCGCUAAAAGUGAAGUCUCGUCUAUCCUAAAGAAUUUCUUUGCAAUGACUGAACGUCAAUUUGGAAAGAAAGUAAAAACAGUGAGAAGUGACAAUGGAACCGAAUUCACAUGUAUGAAAUCCUACUUUGCUACCAACGGUAUCCUUCAUCAAACUUCAUGUGUCAACACACCACAGCAAAAUGGACGUGCAGAGCGAAAGCAUCAUCACAUAUUAAAUAUAGCUCGGGCUCUUCUCUUCCAAAGCCAUCUACCUACCAAGUUCUGGGGAGAAAGCAUUCUUACUGCAGCUUAUUUAAUCAACCGAACUCCAACUCCAACUCUUGAUGGUAAAUCUCCCUACCAAGUUCUUUACAACAAAGAUCCCGGAAUUUCACAUAUUCGCAUCUUUGGAAGCCUCUGUUAUGCAAAACGUCAACCUGGCACAACAGAUAAGUUUGAUAAACGCAGCAAACGCUGUGUGUUCAUCGGAUAUCCUCAUGCACAAAAGGGUUGGCGAGUUCUUGACCUUGAUACCGAAGAAAUCUUUGUGUCACGAGAUGUUAUUUUUGAUGAAACGUCAUUUCCAUUUGCAUCUCAUCUUUCUCCGGUCUCCGCUGAUGAUGUUUUUCGUGACACCACCUCCUCUCCGCCACGUAUAUUGGCUCUCGAUGAUGAAUCUCAUCUUCCCUCUGUUACAAUUGAUCUUGACAGGGGGAGCGAUGAACCAGAAGAAGCACAUACUGUCUUACCGGACUCUGAUUCUGCUGCAACAACACAAGUUGUAACCGAAACUGAAUCAUCUCCUCACGCAGCAGUUGAAGAGCAACUGGGUCGAGGGUUUCGUAAGAGUAAACCUCCUCUACGCCUAAAUGACUACGUCACCUAUUCUGCUCAACGCGAAAAUGAUAACCCUGCUCUCGUCUCUCCUAACUCCAAUUCGGUGUCUUCUGGUACGUGUUCUUAUCCUCUCGCUAACUAUGUCUCUUGUGAACGUAUUUCAAGCAGCCACACUGCAUUUAUUGCGGCAAUUACUCUAGGCGAAGAACCACUGUAUUUUAAAGAUGCGAUAGAAUUCAAAGUAUGGAGAAAGGCAAUGGGAUAUGAGAUUGAAGCGCUUGAAGAAAAUCAAACGUGGACGUUAGAAAAACUGCCCCCAGGGAAGAAAGCUCUUGCCUCUAAAUGGGUAUAUCGAAUCAAAUACAAUUCUGACGGGUCCAUUGAACGUCAUAAAGCACAUUUGGUUGUUAUGGGAAAUUUUCUGGAAGAAGGCAUUGAUUAUGAUGAAACGUUUGCUCCCGUUGUCAAGAUGAAUACAAUUCGGAUUUUACUAGGAGUCGCCUCUGCAAAGAAUUGGGAACUCCAUCAGAUGGAUGUCCAUAAUGCAUUUCUUCAUGGUGAUCUAGAAGAAGAAAUUUACAUGAAACCACCACCAGGGUUUCAUCCAUCAGAUCCAUCUCUCGUAUGUAAACUUCGUAAAUCCCUCUAUGGUUUGCGUCAAGCACCUCGUUGUUGGUUUUCCAAGCUUUCAAAAGCCUUGCUUGACUAUGGUUUUGUUCAAUGUCGAAAAGAUUACUCACUUUUCACUCGAGUCCGUGGAUCUACCGUGCUUCAUAUCCUCGUCUACGUCGAUGAUUUGGUGAUUCUUGGUAAUGAUUCUUCUGUCAUCUCUCAGUUCAAAGAUUAUCUCCAUACAUGCUUUCGCAUGAAAGAUUUGGGAGUUCUCAAAUAUUUUUUGGGAAUUGAAGUGGCUCGUGGACCUGAUGGCAUUUAUCUAUCUCAACGAAAAUACUGUCUCGACAUUAUUUCUGAAUGUGGUCUCACUGGUGCACGUCCUGCUGACACUCCUCUCGAACAAAAUCAUCGUCUAGCUACCAAUGAUGGGCCUUUCUUUGCCAACACAUCCAAAUAUCGGAGACUCAUUGGUCGUUUGGUCUAUCUCGCACUCACUCGGCCUGAGCUCAGCUACUGCGUCCAUAUACUAGCUCAGUUCAUGCAAUGUCCUCGUCAAGCUCAUUGGGAUGCUGCUAUCCGCGUUGUCCGAUAUCUCAAAGGUUGUCCUGGUCAAGGGAUUCUUCUCUCCUCUACCUCCGACCUUCAGAUCACCGCAUAUUGUGACUCUGACUUUCAAUCUUGUCCUCUUACUCGUCGCUCCCUCAGUAGCUAUGUCGUCUUACUUGGUGAUUCAACUGUUUCUAGGAAAACAAAGAAACCGGAUCGCGUCUCACGCUCUUCCGCAAAAGCAGAAUAUCGAUCCAUGGCAUUUGCGACUCAAGAACUACUAUGGAUCAAAGAACUUCUUCAGUCUAUUGGUGUUGAUCAUCAGUCUCCAAUGCAACUCGUUUGUGAUAGCAAAUCAGCUCUUUACAUUGCAGCAAAUCCAGUCUUUCACGAACGUACUAAACAUAUAGAAGGCGAUUGUCAUUUCAUUCGAGAUGAAAUCAUUUCUGGAACCAUUGCCACAUCUCACGUUAGUAAAACAGACCAGCUGGCUGAUCUUCUUACCAAGGCAUUGGGUCGGCAACAAUUCUCUUAUCUACUCCGCAAGUUGGGCGUUUGUGAUCUCCACGCUCCCACUUGA